AUGUCGCGCCCCACUAACGCCCCGCCGAUUGGACCAAAGUUCUCAAUCAAAGUGCCUCCUGGCUGGCUGGUAAUCGCCACUGCUAUUUCGCGCAAGAAGUACAUGCAAGGCGUUGAGGUCGGCUUCGACAUUAUCCAGCCAGAGUCGCGCAUCUUUGGCAGCAAAGUCGGCACCGCCAACGACCUCAUGCGAGUUACUCUCGACCAGGCGUCGUCUCUGCCGUUCAAGGACCAGGAGGACGAGUAUCAGUUGGACAUCACCUUCUAUUUCUCCUCCGGAUCGGUCAACGAUGCAGAGGUCCUCGUAGACAACAACGCAAGAAGUAACAAGAUACACGUUGUCAAGACAGAGAAGCAACCCGGGUCGUUCGUGGGACCAGACAGUGUUACUUUCAUUGUCUUCGUUGAAGAUACUCCUACUCAAGAGGCUGGGACCGGGCAAUUCGAUGACGGCGUCGCCAUGUUCCAUCUUGUCAAGAACUCUUAG